AUGCACUUCCCGUCAGGGACCGUCGGCUUGAUCGAUGUGUCGCACACCAGCUCGUACGGAUACGAUCAACGACUGGAGGUCUUCGGUCCGAAGGGCAUGGUGCAAGCCAACAACGUGCAGAUGAACUCCGUUCAGCGGCAGUAUGACCUGCAGGGGCCAACCACCGCCCCGAUCUGUUUCUCGUUUCCUAGCCGUUACAUGAACGGCUAUCGAAGAGAGUUGGAUCACUUCAUCGAUGUGGUGCACGGUAAGGUUGAGUCUCUGGUCAAGUCGCAGGAGAUCCUGGCGGUGAGUAAGAUCGCUACGGCCUGCGAGGAGUCCGCUCGCACGGGGAAAAUCGUGACUCUCAAAUGGACGGACAGCGAGUUGCCUGAUAAUUAA